UUGUUUCUCUGCCAUGUCGCCCUGCUGCCCCAAUCUCAUUUCGAAAAUGGCCGCUGUCCUGGACGAGGUUGGCAAAUCCGCCGAGAAACCAGUUGACGAGGAGAAGGAUGAUAUCGUCGAGGUAGAGGACGAGACCGGGGCCAGCGAGUCCUCGAAGAAGAAGAAGAAGAAGAAAAAGAAGAAGAAAGCCGGUGCUGGAGAGGCGAGCGCCGAUGUUCCUGAGGGAGAAGAGGACAAAAGCAAGAAUAAUGUGCCCGCAGCAGCCGAAGGAUCGGCAGAGAUCACUGAGAAUGGUGGCGAAUCAGAGGAAACGAAGAAGAAGAAAAAGAAGCGCAAGCCUCGUGGAAAGGCUGGGGGAAUAAAGCAGCAAACUGACCCUCCGACUGUGCCAAUAUCUGAUCUGUUCCCUGAUGGAAAUUUCCCAAUUGGUGAAAUUAUGGUCCAUCCUCCAGCAGCUGGAAUCGACGAUAGGACAGCCAAGGAUCGUUUCAGCAGCGAGGAAGCUCGCGCCUUGGACAGAAUGCAUAACGAUAUAUACAACGAAGCCAGGCAAGCUGCUGAGGCCCAUCGACAAACCAGAAAACACAUCAAGAACUGGGUGAAACCCGGGAUGACAAUGAUAGAGAUUUGUAACGAGCUAGAAAAGACGGCGAGGCAACUCAUCGGGGAAGAUGGGUUAAAGGCUGGAUUGGCUUUCCCUACGGGAUGCUCGCGAAACCAUUGCGCAGCCCAUUACACUCCGAAUGCUGGAGAUCCAACAGUUUUGGAGUACGAUGAUGUGACAAAGAUCGAUUUUGGAACCCACAUCAACGGACGUAUAAUUGACUGCGCUUUCACGCUCUCGUUCAACCCAAAAUACGACAAACUAAUCGAGGCAGUUAGAGACGCGACAAACACUGGUAUAAGAGCAGCAGGUAUCGACGUACAGCUUUGUGACGUUGGUGCUGCAAUUCAAGAAGUUAUGGAGUCGUACGAAGUUGAAUUAGAUGGAAAAACUUAUCAGGUAAAAUCCAUCAGAAACCUUAAUGGGCAUUCCAUAGCACCUUAUCAGAUUCAUGCGGGAAAAACUGUACCGAUCGUGAAAGGCGGGGAAGCUACGAGAAUGGAAGAAAAUGAAUUUUACGCUAUAGAAACUUUUGGUUCGACUGGUCGAGGCGUUGUUCACGAUGAUUUGGAAUGCUCUCAUUACAUGAAAAGUUUUGACGCUGGAUUCGUUCCCCUAAGACUGCAGAGUAGCAAAUCCUUGUUGAACACAAUCAAUAAACAUUUCGGUACUCUGGCAUUUUGCAAGCGCUGGCUAGACCGUGUUGGUUGCACAAAGUAUCAGAUGGCACUGAAGGAUCUUUGUGACAAAAAUGCGGUGGAGGCUUACCCACCAUUGGUAGACAUCCGAGGAUGUUACACAGCUCAGUUUGAGCAUACUUUGGUGCUGCGCCCGACCUGCAAGGAGGUGAUAUCCCGGGGUGAUGAUUACUAGAUGUGUUGAGGUCAAAUGCAGCGAAUAAGUCGUCCGUGAAUGCUCCUCAACGGGGAACAGAGGGCGAGCCCGUAAUAGUAUUCUAAAAAUUAAAAUCAGACUUCUAACAACGGCGGGAAGACUUUUACCCCCAUGACGCAUCUAGAAAAGUGAGAUUCCACCUCUGUAUCCUCGUCUUGAAACUCUCUUUGAUUUUCAUUCGUAGAAGUUAGCACGGGAUCCUCUUUAACAAAUACUUCAACUACCGAAUGAGUUUGAUAUUUUGAAAAAUCGUGUGUUAAUUUUUUGUCAUAUGUAUAUGUAUGUAUACAACAUAGCAAUGUAUAUAUGUGUAUAUAUAUGGAUGAUACAGUGUACCCGUAUUUGAGCAAGACUUGUUUUCCAUUUUUCGUUUGUUCUUUGUUUUUUUUUUCUUUUUUGCGUUUUUUUCAUCUGAUACGCUAAUGUUGGAAGCCCAUUUAAUCAUAUUUAUGUAUCGCUGUAUUUCGAUACCGGAAUUUUCUUUUUUAUACGUACAGUUGUGAUUUUUCCCAGUACGAUUGCAGUUCUGAAUUAAAGGGGAAAAAAUAAAUAAAUGACAACAAAACACAACAGGAACAAAAAAAAAUGAAUGUCAAUGUUAAAUAAAAUAUAUUUGGGAAUUAUAACUGUAAAAUGCUGCGUGUGUGCUUUUAUUAGACAUAUUUAGGUAAUAUUCAUAUUAAUGUAAUCUAACAAUAAGUUGGGUACAAUUUAGCACAACUCUUAAUUUCAGACAGUACAUUUAAGUUCGGUAUAGAAAAAAAGAACACUUGUUUCAAAAAUCCUCAAUCUCUGUCUCCGUAACAGAAUGUGUGUAAGGUGUACAUUAUUCUACUUCAGGAUGUUGGAAAGAGGACCUGGUAAGGCAUUUUAUUUUGUAUGUGUUGGGCGUAGGUGGUGGUUCCUAUACAGGCAUUAGAUAUUAGCCAGCUAUUUAGCUAACUGCAGGUAGUAAUAAUUACAUUAAUAUUACUAUAUACGAUUCAUACUUUCUAAAAUUAAAACAUUAAAACUAGUAUAACAUAGAACAAUAUGGUACAAAUAUAAUAUGUACACAUACAUAUAGUAUAUGUAUAUAUAUAUAUAUGGUAUCGAUUAUUAAUUGAAGAUUCAAAAUAGGCAUCAAAAAGUAGGUAGCUCCGUUUUGUCUUUUUUUUUCACUUUUCGUUUAAUAUAGGAUUUUUAUGAAAAUUAAUCUGUUUUUUUUUUUCUUUUUUGUUAUACAUAUAUAUAUAUUAUCUCUUUUUCAGUCAGAUCUUCUGUAAGUCUAUCGAGUAAUGAGACGAACAACGUAACGUAACCGAUACGCGACUCGAACGCAACUAAGAGUACUAAGAGUGUCGAUAUCGUUCACAAUUCACGUUUCGUGUUCGUUGCGGGGUUCGUCAUGGGUCGAGCCUCGAGUUCUAUUAUCAAUUGUGGCUUUUUCAUUUCUACGAGGAAAUCCGUAUCAGAAGCCCACUGUCUGGUAUUGCUGUAUUAAAUUGUAAAAGUAGUUGUUUGUUUCUAAUUCUUCGCUUCGGGUAGACUUUACGUAACGCAAUAAAAGCCCUUGACAGCUUGUACGUGAUUUUUUCCGUCUUGAUUGAUAUUUAUACAAUCGAACUAAAACGGUCGACUGAUUACUCACUCUUUGACGCCGUAUUGCCUAGCACUAUCAGACGUUGGAUUCCAAUACGAUUGAAUUUUAUCUUGGUUGCACAUGUGUACGUAAUACGUGUACAUGAAUUGUGUUGCAAUAGGUAUAUAGGUAUUAGGUAUACUUUAACGUCUUUUGUACUAUG